AUGACUGAUAUCGCAAAAGAAGCUGCAAAAUUAAAUGGUUAUAAUUUUACCGGUGGUAGCAGCAAUAACAAUAAUAAUAAUAGUAAUAAUGGUGAUACUGAUCAUUAUCAUCAUCAUCAUCAACAACAACAAUCAGCUCGUUUCAUUACAUCACCUACAACAAACUUCGAAUUUCGCCCAUCAUCCAAAGAAAAUAGCAAGAACUCAAAAGCUACCCGAAGUAAAUCACCGGGCGCAUUUAUCGAACGCUUAUCAAGUUUUGCACGUGGUAAAUAUCGAAGUAGCCUAUCGGAACGUCCCACACAAUCCAAAAAUUUCGGUGAACGUCCACGGCGG